AUGGCACAGCCGGAUACACAAACUGUCCAAUGCUCAUGGCCAGUACGUGCUCCAUGCGAGAAGCUUGUAUUUCCUUGCAUUAAAGUCUCAAUCACCACCACCAUUGUUUUCCUCUUCGCCCUCUUCGUGAUCCUACCGAACAUGAUGAUCCCCGAUGUUCGAAUCGAUCCUGCCUCCUCCCUAUACUCAUUCAACGUCACUUCUUCUAGAGUUGACUCUACCUGGAAUAUCCUUAUCUCCGUCAAAAACCCCAACAAGCACUUCCUCGUGAAGUAUAACAAUAUAGAGGCCACCAUGUACUACAGCAAUGAGCUCUUAUCCCGUGUUUCAAUACACCCUUUUAUUCAGGAAACGAACAACCGGACGAUACUUCGAGCUCUCUUCAACUUGACCUUGCCAAGAGCGAACAGUUGGGCGGCCAGGUGUCUCGAAUCGGACUAUGCACGAGGCGAGACUUCCAUCAAUGUCAAUCUGCAGGCUGGAAGAAGAUUUGGCGUGGGUAGCCUGAAUUGGUGGAUAAGAGGAUUAGAUAUUUACUUCUCAUGUACUGACCUAGUUUUCAUAUUUCCAUCCCAUGGGGAGGCCAAAAUCUCGGUCAUUGAUGACGCCUGGAAUAACUGCGAGAUGGGUUUAUUUGGUUAUGUUUAA